UGAGGGAAUUAAAAGAGAAAAAAUUUGGAUAAGGAUGACUUAUUUUUUUCUCCUUUUCCUGUUUCUUCUUCAGCCCAAUUCUGCUCUUCUUCUUCUUCUCCCUGCACCGAACAACAAGAACCCAAGCCCGACAGCACUCCCUUUGAAAAAAAAACUGAAUUUCCAGAUCUGCUCUGUUCUUCCUCCUCUGUCGCCGGUUGCUGUUGGGUGUGAAUUUCGGUUUUUCCUGAUCCUGAAUUUCCCCCUGCACUUCCCGCCGGCCUUCCCCAAACCACAGCUCCGGUUUUGCUUGCAAAAUUCUAGUAUGUGACAGCCCUUUAAGCCUAAAAUUAUCCAUUUAAUUUGCUACUCCUGUGAUGUCCGAAAUUCUGCAGAAAAAGGGAUGAAUUCCGGUAGCAAUUAGGACAAAUUUAAGCAUUAAUUCAAAUGGAAUUUAUGUGAUUAAGUGUUAAUUGACUGCUGUGAGAUUUUGGAGAAAAAUCCUGUGAGAUUAGCUAUGGUUUUGCCAAUUUUUGGAAGUUGCAGUUACUGUUAAUUGCGUGAUUACUGUUCACGGGUACUGUUGAUGCACUAAUGGUCAACAAUAUGAGGGUUUAAAUGUGUAGUUAUAUUGAGAAUAAAAUUGAGAUGUUUGAUCAUAUGGUUGAAUUUCGUGUGAAGCUCAUUGAUUAGAAAAUUUGCAAGGUUGUGCUAAUAAUUCUAGCAAAGUCUGGAUGUAUUUAUUUGGAAUAUUAGGUGCUGUUAUGGCUUAGAGCACUGGGAUUGAGUUUUCGGUAUUACGGAUUUGAGGUAAGUAAAUUAUGGUAACGACC